CAAAAUGUUUCCCUAUGAAAGUUAUAUGAACCAAUAAGAGUAUAUUAUACAUCCUGCAUUCAUAAAAUUCGAAACAAAAUUUUCCGUUUGUAUGUGCAAUUUAUGGAAAACUUUUAAAUUUCUACAUCAACUUUACCGAAAGUUCAAAAAACUUAAAAUGAAAAUAUAGCUGUCAUAUCAGUAGAACAAAAUCUUGACUUGAGUUUAUUUUCGCAUAGUGAAAUUUUACCGAUUUGAGUCAACUGUUCAAUUAAAAAAAAAAUAAACAUGACUACUCGAUUAAUUUUUGGUUUUGGACUUUUACUGGUCUUUCAAUCGUAUUAUAUAAGAUUGUCUAAAGCAGAAAAAGAUACUUCAAUCAAUUUUCCAGCAUGUGAUGUUUUUUGUCAUGGUGAACUUCUUGAUACAAUUCAGAUGAGUCAUCUUUUCAAGGACUCAAAGACGUUUGUGGAUUUAAAACUGAAACACUUGCCAAAUGAAACAAUCAAAAACUUUAAAGAAUUUAUGAGGAGCAAAAACGACAAGCCAACCAUCGAUGAUUUGAAGUGUUUUGUUAACACAAAUUUCGAACCAAGUGGUAAGGAAUUUUCCAAAUGGACUCCAAAUGAUUGGAAAAAUAACCCAAAAUUUCUAAAUUCAAUUAAAAAUCCUUCAAUGAAGCAAUGGGGAAAAGAUCUCAAUCGCAUUUGGAAGACUCUUGGACGCAAAAUGAUCGAUGAUGUUCACAAAAAUCCAGACUACUAUUCCAUUAUUCCCGUUAGUAAUGGAGUAAUUGUUCCAGGUGGUCGUUUUAUUGAAUUCUAUUACUGGGAUUCCUAUUGGAUUAUUCGUGGACUUUUAUAUUCACAAAUGUAUGAAACUGCUCGAGGAAUGUUAUCGAAUUUUCUAUCGAUGAUUAAACGUUUUGGUUUUGUCCCGAAUGGUGGCCGAAUCUAUUAUGCUAAACGAUCUCAACCACCAUUAUUGGCAGCAAUGAUUGAUUCUUAUGUUGAUUUUACAAAUGAUACAAAUUUCGCCAUAGAGGCUGUUGGACUUUUGGAAGAUGAAUUUCAUUUUUGGAAGAAAAAUCAUACGGUUUUUGUAAAUGGGCAUGCCUUGGCUGUUUAUCGAGAUUCGUCGACUGGUCCAAGGCCAGAAUCAUAUCGUGAAGAUGUGAAAAAUGCUGAAGAAUUUCCCACACCAGAGCUUAAGCAAGAGUUUUAUUCGAAUAUUGCAGCAGGUGCUGAAUCUGGAAUGGAUUUCAGUAGCCGUUGGUUUAUUAGCAAAAAUGGAACGAAUCAGGGUACUCUCAAGGACAUUAAAUGCAGGUCAAUUGUUCCAGUGGAAUUGAACGCAAUUUUAUAUUGGAAUGCAAAGAUCAUUGCCAAGUUUCAUGCAAUGUCUAACAAUGAGGAAAAAGCUAUAGAAUACACGCUAUAUGCUGAAGAGAUAUUAGAAGCAAUUGAGGCAGUUUUAUGGAAUAAAAAAGCUGGUGUUUGGUUUGAUUAUGAUCUUAUCAAUAAGAAACCAAGAAAAUAUUUUGUACCAACUAAUCUGGCUCCGUUAUGGACGAAUGCAUUCAACAUCGCCAAUUCGGAGAUAAUCUCAAAAACCGUACUUGAUUAUCUUGAAAAGUUGGGACUGAAUAAUCAUCCUGGUGGUGUUCCAAACACUUUGGUACAUAGCGGAGAACAAUGGGAUUAUCCAAAUGUCUGGCCACCAAUGCAGUAUAUUCUUGUUCAAGGUCUUGAAAAUUUAAAAACAACAAAAGCUUCAAAAUUAUCUAAACUCUGGGGUCAUCGAUGGGUAAAAUCAAAUUACGAAGCUUAUAGAAAUUCUAAUAAUUCAAUGUUCGAAAAGUAUGACUCUGAAGUUUUUGGUGGACAUGGAGGUGGUGGGGAAUAUGAUAUUCAAACUGGUUUUGGUUGGACAAAUGGCGUUAUCGUUGAAUUUUUAACAAAAUAUGGAAACGAUAUAACCCCAGCACAAAAAUGAUAUAAAAGUUAUUAAAUUGCAAUAUGAAGCUAAAUACCAUAAAUUGGUGUUUAUCAAUAGCAUUUAAACUUAGAUAACUUAUUUAUUAGAUUGAAUUGCUAUAAAAUUAUCUGAAGUUUUUAUUUAGGUAUACAUAAAUGAACGUUACCGAUCAAA